CAGUCCCGCCACAAUGCUCGGGCUCAACCACCACCGUCAUGACGGCGCCAGCACCACCGGGUUUCCUCAGCUCAAAUCUUCAUUUAGCACCAGCGGCUCCUGCAUGACUGGCCUUGCUCACCUGGACACCGGAAAGGACUUCUCCGCGGAUGGCCUCGGCUUUAAUAAGAAGAAAAAGAAAAAGAGACGUCACAGGACAAUCUUCACGAGCUAUCAGCUAGAGGAACUUGAGAAGGCCUUCAAAGAAGCGCAUUACCCCGAUGUAUACGCCCGGGAAAUGCUGUCCCUCAAGACGGAUCUCCCUGAAGACCGCAUACAGGUCUGGUUCCAGAACCGGCGGGCGAAAUGGCGCAAAACCGAGAAGUGCUGGGGACGAAGUACCAUCAUGGCGGAGUACGGGCUGUAUGGUGCCAUGGUCCGCCACUCCUUGCCACUCCCCGAGACCAUCCUGAAGAGUGCCAAAGAGAGCAACGAGUGUGUGGCUCCGUGGCUCCUAGGGAUGCACCGAAAAUCGAUAGAAGCUGCAGAACAGCUGAAGGACGACGGCUGCAACUCGGAUAAGGAGGACCAACACGAGACGUCUUCCAUGACGACAGACAAGAGCGAUAACAGCGCAAACAACUCCUCGUCACAACCGCAACAACAACAACAACAACAACAACAACAACAACAGUCCCAGCUGAAUCACAAUGCCGCAGAGAAUAAGGAAAUGCAUCAGAUUCGGCUUCAAGAUCUUCAGCAUCAAAUUGACCAUCAGAAUCAUCAAUCACCAGCCCUGCAGCUAGCACACACGACCGACCCGGAGGAGUUCCGUAACAACAGUAUCGCGUGUCUGCGCGCUAAAGCACAGGAACACAGUGCAAAGAUUCUGGGUCUGAGUGCAGACGCUGUGAUGUUGGUGAACAGAACCACGCCGACGGUGAACAGCGGGACGACGACGACGGCGGCGGCGUCGGCGGCGGUCUCUCACUGCGACGCGAACGCAAACAGUCUAACGGGUCGUCAGCAUCAAGGGGACGUGCUUCUCACUUCGUCUGAUACGUCGUCGUCCAUGUUCUGACAGCAAUCUACCGGAGACUGAGGUUUGGUCCAGACACUGUGAAACCACUGACUCUCUCUCUGUGUAUUUCUGUACCUCCGCAAACUAAACCUCACACUCGGUUCGAUAAUGAGAAAACAAACACAGCGAACAAAUUGUGCGACACCUGAGUCAGCCUCCCAAACGCUGCGUCAUGCAGCGUUCAUCCGCAUUUACACCACCUCCCGUAGGAUAUUUGAAUUAUAUAGGAAAUUCCGUACUAUCAAUCAAAUAAUUCAUAUGCU